AUGGUGAAUCAAGCUCCGGCAGUCCAGCCUUCUUCACUCACCGACAACAAGCAGCUAAGGACGCCUCCAUCAGAGCCUAUGGAUGAAUCCACCUCGAAAAUGGACAAGCCACAAGCAAUAGAACCUUUGCCAACAGCCUCGUCCACGGACAAGAGUGACGACAAGCAGACCCAAGACGAAGCUAAGAUAAAAUCAAAGGACGAAAACAAGCGUGAAGCCAAGGAUCAGGCAUCGCAGACCACAGACAGCAGAGACGAAGCUGAAAAGUCUACGGCAGCAGACAAUUCCGAAUCUAAGGAAAAGCCCAAGGAUAAGGAUGAUGACAAAACCAAAGAUGACGCCAAGACUGAUGCAAAGGAUGACAAGAAGGACGAGGAAAAGGAUGACAAGAAGGAUGAGGAAAAGGACAAAAAGAAGUCUUUACCUAGAGGCAUGAAGGCGGACACGAAGCUCCUAUGGGCUAAGACGGAUGCACAAUUCUGGCAGGACAAGGAUCCUGAUGAUGGCAAGAAUGUGGAGGAAUCAGACGAGUGCUUACAGCAUGCGAUUGUGGUCCGAAAGAAGAGAGUUCACGAGGGCAACCGAAAGCCACUGAAGGUCGACUCCAUCGUUGUCCAUUCGCCCUUGGUCAAGAAAGCACUUCAGGGAGUUUUCACAGGAUACCCUGAUCUGGUGAUUGACCUAGAAGAGUUAGUCUUCGAUGCGCCGUUUGCGCCCUUCUUUCAUCGCUGGGCGCAGUUCGAGAAGGCCUUCAAAGAGGAGACGGACGAGAUGACGAAGUCGCACAUGAAAUUGCUCUACGAUGCACUGGACUCAGAACUUGCUAAACCGAUCCAGAGGCACAAUGACCUUGUUCGACACAAGGCAAUCGAUUUCGAACUCCUGUGGACACUCUUCUCGCCCGGCACAUUGAUGUACAGCCACGACAAUGGGCACGAUCGACUGUACGAAACCUGCGACUGCGAAUACUAUGCCGAUCUGGGUGGUAUGAAGUUUGUCAUUCGCUGCAACGAGAUCAAUUGGGACGGUGAGAAGUUUGGCAAGGUCAUGCUUAGCGAAGAGAUCAGCAAAUUCAAAGGAACAAGACAGAUAACUACACUACCAUCCUAUCCAUUACGAUUCCACGCGAAAUCCGAGCAGCUGAAGACUAAGUGUAUAGAAAGAGGACGCCGUUUCCAAGCGCUUGCCGGAGUAUACUGCAAAGACUACAAAGGUACAGCUGUUGAAUACACGAAAUACGCUUACCAAAGUGUGAAGACAAAGCGACAACUCGAAGGCCGAAUAAUGCUUGAUGAAGAACUCUUCGCCAAAUUCAACCCUGAUGAGUCGCGGAGCAUGAGAGAGCUCGAAGAUGAUGACGAGGAUGUCAAGCAGGCUGAAGCUGAAGCAUCAGCUAGACUAAUCGAACAAGCAGAGAAAGCAAAGGAGGCCCUCAAGAAGGUUGAAGAGGAAGAGAAGAAGAAGCAGCAAGAAGAGGAGGCAAAGAAACAGAAAGAGACUGACAGUAAGUCGGAGACUGUCACGAAGUCUGAAGCUGAGUCCGAGUCGAAAGAGAAGACACAAGAGCUAGCUGCUGAUGCUUCGCAAUCCGAACCAGACAAGGCGAAGUCUGAAGUGUUGCCGGACGAGGUCAAGGUUGAUGUCCCCGUCGAAAGCACCAAGUCCAGCACUACAAACAGUGCGGAUGUUGUACAGGCAUCUGCCGACACCAAGAAGGAGGCCGGAGCCUCUACCACUUCCACAGACUCGGAAGGCGCGCCAACACCAACAGAAUCAGUAGACGAACCAAAAGCUUUUUCAAACACUGAGAAGCAGGAGCUCAAAGACGAUCAACUUGUCAUUUGCAAUUCCUGGCUUCGAGGAUACUCCCUUAGCCACCAGAGGUGGUGCUCCUUUAGCGUCGACCACAUAUCAGACGUGUCCUGGAACGAUAAUGCUUUCGCCUCUCUAAGUCUGCCUUGUGAAUACCGAGAACUCAUCCUUGCCACGAUCCAAUCCCAGAUCCGCCAAAAUCAGUGGAAACAGAAGAUGGAACAGGUUGAGAAGGAGCAGAAACCUCUAUCUGCGUUGUACGAAAAGGCGGAGGAUGCCACAGAAGAAGAGGAUGACAAUCCAGCCGAAUUCGACGAUUUCAUUGCACAAAAAGGCCGUGGCUACAUCAUGCUCUUCUCUGGAAACCCAGGAGUCGGCAAGACCGCCACAGCAGAGUCAAUCGCCGAACUCCUCCACGUCCCACUCUGUAUCAUCAGUGUCGGCAACCUAGGCACAACCGCCGAAUCAGUCGAAUCAGCCCUACAAGACAUCCUAGAACUUGCCUCAAAGUGGAACGCAGUCCUGCUACUCGAUGAAGCCGACAUCUUCCUUGAGCAACGCACGAGACACGACCUUCACCGCAAUGCCGUCGUGAGUGUCUUCCUCAGACUGCUCGAGUAUUACCAGGGCGUACUCUGCUUGACGACGAAUCGCUCCGAAGAAAUCGAUGUCGCAUUCCACAGCAGAAUCCACAUCAGCCUACCCUUCCCAGACUUGACUGAGGGCAACAGAGAACAGAUCUGGCGACACUUUGCCAACAUCACGAACGCGAAACACGAGGCGGGUGCUAUGCGGCGGAAAGUGGCGGCUGAUGAGAAGAAGAACAAGAAUACUACUACCACCACUACCGCUACCACUGAUACCAACCUUCCAACUCCAGCCCCAGAAGAUUCCACAACCCUCACAAACGGCACCAAAACCCCCACAUCACCAUCAUCACCAAACCCACCUCCCCCCGAACACCUUACCCAUCACUCUCACGACGCAACAACAGACACCCUAAUCGACAUCUCCCCUACCGAUUUCCGUAAACUCUCCCAAACACAGCUCAACGGCCGACAAAUCAAGAACGCGUUCAAGACGGCGGUACUGCUGGCGAGCUACAAGAAGGAAAAGGUGCAGAUGAAGCAUGUCAAGACUGCGUUGAAGACGAUUGAUGGGAAUGGGUUGGGGAAGAGGGAGGUUGGGGGCAUGUAUUAUUGA